AUAAACCAAUCUGGCGAUACAGCCAACACAUACCGGUGCAGUAUGUUUACCCGAACGGAAGUGUGACUAUAGCGUGCGAGGCAAUCGCUGAGCCGCCAGCCAAUUUCACCUGGUACAAGAAUGGCAGCAAGAAACGUUUGCAUAACGACAAACACCACGCCAUCGAGAAGGAUUUUUAUGCAUCCACGCUGACGAUUUAUGCGCGCAACGAUGACGUAUUCGACACGUACCGCUGCCUGGCCGAAAAUCAGUUAGGCGCCAUUGAACGCAACACCGUACUGAAGAGAGGCGUCAAGCCACCACCACCCAGCGUACUCCAGUUGCGUGGCUUCAAUUCGAACACAUUCGAUGUGGAUGUUGGUUCGGUGCGUGUGUCGCCGGCGCGUACUGCUCCGUCAAAAACGGAACAAUUGAUGGAGGUGAACGGUUUUCGUAUUGAAUAUAUGACGGAGUAUGAAUUCAAGUCGGAUGGUGGCAAAUGGACGAAUGGUAAACGCCGGGACUUCCCGUUCGAAGAUGGCGCAACUUUUCUCAUCAACAAUCUAGAAGCCAAUACUACCUAUUUGAUGCGUGCCGCCACCAAAAACUUGGCCGGUCUCAGCGAUUAUACGAAAGUCGAGAAAUUCCAUACACUCUCCAAUGAGCCGAAAUCCUCGUCAACGCAUCUCGAACACUUGAAUGCCACACAGCUGCUGUGUAUAUCACUGGUGGCGUUGUUGUUGUGCAAGGAAUUGUCUUUCGGCUUUCAACCUGUAAGCAGUAUAACGAAGUUGCGUCGCGCUGUCGGUGUGCGUUGGUGAAGCAAAUGUGGCGCAAUAAAUAAUAGAGCAGUGAGUAAAUACGCCAGCAGCAGCAGCAGCUUUCUAUUCGGUGAAAGCGCGCAAAGAAAGUAUGGGUAUGGGUUUCAAGUUAUAUAUACACAUGACAAUAGUUAUUAUGUGUAAAAUGUUUGCUUAGAAUUAAGAGUUAAAGGCUACGAAGAUUAUUUAUAUUUUACUUAGUUGAAACACACACACCAAAUAAUGGAAAUAUACAAAACGGAAGUCUUUUAAUUAAAUAAAUUAAUAAAAAAAAAUAUAUAUAUACGCUGAUGUUUACAUAAACAAAUUUUAAUGCUUACGAUAAAAACUUAAUAACAUGUAUAUUUACAUAAAUAUUCCAUUUGCAUAGCAUAAAAAUAAUACAUAAUACAUGGCGAAAUUUUUGAACUCUGCGCUUAGGUGUUAAUCGGCUUAAAAAAAAAAUCGUUGCCAGAAUUUUAUAUUUAUAAUAUAACUAUAAUAAUAUAUACUCAUAUAAGCAAGCCAGUAUUUUAUGUAUACGUUAAUGCUUUACAUUCGUUAUACCUAUAAUUAUAAUUACUUAUAUAUGCGUUUUUCAUAACGACAAUAGUCCAUCGCAAAUCUCACUCAGUUCCGUACUCACAAGUAUCUCUUUUGUUUGCAAAAUUCCUUUGAAAAAAAAUUUUUUUUUUGUUUACUUUUAGAUAAUUUCGUUUUAUUUUUGUAAAAAUAUUGCAAUUUUUUAUAUUCUUUAAUUUUACAUUUCAGUAUUCUUUUUACAUAUCAUUAACAAGCUCGAAUCAUGUCUGUGAGCUUAUUUAAGAAGCUUUAUAUACAAUUUAUUUUCAUAUAAAAUUAUUACAACUUUUUUUUACAUUUUUAUCUUUUAACACCAUAUCUGCAAUUUUUUGUUAAAAUCAGUGAUUUUUCUUUUAAUUUUGAUAAUUUUAAGCUUUUUAUCAUCCCAAAAGGGUUUAAAUCAAGCGUAAAUAUAAGUUUUAUACAUAAUAAUGCCACUUCAUUUAAUCAUGUCCAUUAUAAAUUUAGCAUAGUUCUUUACUAAAACAAAAAAAAAAGUUUCAUUGUAGAAUUGGGUUUCAAUUUGAAUAUAAAAAUGUUUUUUAAUGAAGUGUGUUUGGAACGCUCUUAAUAUAUGUAUAUGUGCCUUUCUUUUAAUACCUAUUUAUUCUUGGAACAAAAAUAUGAAGAUUUUGCAUUUCGAUUUCGCUCGAUAUCAUAUUCACUUAGCCAUUAUUAGCAAAAUAGAAUUGUUGCAGAAGCGGCAGAUUUUGCAACUGAAAUAAACAAAAACUAAUUUAUUAUAUAAAAUAACUAUAUUUUGUACAGUGUUGUCUCGUUUUUUUUUUUUACUUCCUGCGGGAAAUUGAUUUUGUCGGUGUCACCAUGACAAAGUUUAGACACAUUAACAUUACUGAAGCUCUUUUUUUAAGAUGUGAGUUUUUAUGUAAAAUCAAAAAAUAAUUAGAAGAAAAAUUUUAAACUCUAUGUCCUUUUAAUAAAAUUAAUGUAAAAACUUUGUUUUAAGCUUUAUUCAAAAAGUUCAAAAUUUUAAACAGAGAAAUACUAAAUUCUCCAUACAUACAUAAAUGUCAGAAGUUGCGUUCUAAAGGAUGACUAUAAUAAGGUUUUAACGAUCACUAAAUGCAUGUACAUAUACAUACAUACGUAUAUUUUGUAUGUUUUAUUUUUUUUUAACUUUUUUUUUUUAAUUGAGAUCAUUUUAAUUUUGUUUUUAUUUAAUUUUAAUUUUUUCAUAAAUUCUCUUAUAUUUAGCUUUUAAUUCUUUGUUUAAUUUUAAUUUUU